UUGACUUAGUUUGCGGUUUGACCAAAAAACCCCAAAAACCAAAGUUUCGGCAUUUUGCUUCAGUGAGUUCCGUCAAAUCCGUUGUGCUAAAAGUGCCGAGCAUCUCGCUGGUCCGUCCAAAAAUUCCGGAAUUAGAGUGGCGAGUGGUUAGCUCUCCCACGACGGCCGCUAGAUAAACUUACGAAGAUUACAUCAUACAUAAACAUUGUUUUAGAGUAGAAAAGUGCUCUCUUCAGCUCGAGAUGUCUGAAACGAGAAUUUGUGAAUCGCCUGGAUGCAAGGCGGAGUCCAAACUGCAGUGUCCAACCUGCGUCAAGUUGGGAAUCAACGGCUCAUAUUUCUGCACACAGGACUGUUUCAAGAGCAACUGGAAAACGCACAAAGUCCUACACAAGCUUGUCCAAGGGAAAGAUGAAAGCAGUAGUGCCUCGCAAGAUUCGAGUGAUCCUUUCACCCCUUGGCCUUUUUUCAAAUUUUCUGGCAAGCUACGCCCAUACCAGCUGUCUGGUACCAGGACUGUUCCAGCUCAUAUCCCUCGGCCAGACUAUGCUGACCACUUUAAAGGCAUUCCUGUGUCAGAACAGAAGGAGAAAAACAGCCACCAAAUCAAAGUGCUGAGUGACGAAGAGAUCGAGGAAAUGAGGGUUGCCUGCAAGUUGGGCCGAGAAGUGCUGGACGAGGCAGCUAAAACGCUGGACAUUGGAGUGACCACGGACGAGGUUGACAGGGUUGUGCAUGAGGCGUGCAUCGAGAGGAAUUGCUACCCAUCACCACUUAACUACUACCAAUUCCCCAAGUCCUGCUGCACAUCCAUCAAUGAAGUUAUUUGCCAUGGCAUCCCAGACCACCGACCUCUGCAGGAAGGUGACAUUUGCAAUGUCGACGUCACAGUGUAUCAUCGUGGCUUCCACGGAGACUUAAAUGAGACCUUUUUCAUCGGAAACGUGAGCGACUCAGCCAAGAAACUCGUCAAUGUCACCUGGGAGUGUUUAAAGAAAUCCAUGGAUGCUGUCAAGCCUGGUGAAAAGUACAGAGAAAUAGGAAAUGUGAUCCAGAAGCAUGCUCAGGCCAACAACUUUUCUGUGGUGCGAAGCUACUGCGGACACGGCAUCAAUCAACUCUUCCACACAGCACCAAGUGUUCCUCAUUAUGCAAAAAACAAAGCAAUCGGCAUUAUGAAACCCGGCCACUGUUUCACCAUUGAACCGAUGAUCUCGGAAGGCUCAUGGCGCGACGAAAUGUGGCCCGACAACUGGACAGCUGUCACUAUUGACGGCAUGUUGUCCGCCCAGUUUGAGCACACCCUAUUGGUCACUGACGACGGCGUCGAGGUACUCACCGAGCGACCUGGAAACCCACUGCCCCACUUCCUCAGCCCUUGAUGACCCUUUUUAUACGCAAUUACUACCUGAUUGGAUGUUUGCAUAGUAUUUACAACAAAAUACGGAUUAAAAAAAUCAAUGAUAUUGCA